UUUUCCGGCCGGCUAAUUUGAUUAAAUUUCAUUUGUCAUUUUCACGCCGUCGAUACAGUCGAACGUGGUGUUAUUCGUGUAUUUCUACAAAGCUCCAGUUUUCCAAGGUCAAAGGUUAACAUGGUGCAAGAAGUUCCGAGUAGGAAAAGAGAGAGAAGUGAUUCUGGAAAUGAAAUGAAUGGAAACAUUCCAAAAAAAUUACUCAUAGACAGCUUCAACAAGAUGCCGCUGCAGCUGACCAAGCCCGCGCCGCAGUUCAAGACCACGGCGGUGGUGAACGGCGAGUUCAAGGAUGUCGCUCUCUCGGACUACAAGGGCAAAUACGUCGUGCUGUUCUUCUACCCGCUGGACUUUACGUUCGUGUGCCCCACCGAGAUCAUCGCCUUCUCCGAGCGCGCGGACGACUUCCGCAAGAUCGGCUGCGAAGUGAUCGCCGCCUCCACCGACUCGCACUUCACCCACCUCGCCUGGAUCAACACGCCGCGCAAACAGGGCGGCCUGGGCCCCAUGAACAUCCCCAUCAUCAGCGACAAGUCGCACCGCAUCGCGCGCGACUACGGCGUGCUCAACGAGGAGACCGGCAUCCCGUACCGCGGCCUCUUCAUCAUCGACGAGCAGCAGAACCUGCGCCAGAUCACCAUCAACGACCUGCCCGUGGGACGCUCGGUGGAGGAGACGCUGCGGCUGGUGCAAGCGUUCCAGUACACCGACAAGCACGGCGAGGUGUGCCCCGCCAACUGGCGGCCCGGCGCCAAGACCAUCAAGCCCGACACCAAGGCGGCGCAGGAGUACUUCGGCGACGCCAACUAGGCGCCCCCCACUCCACCACCCACUCCACCCGGCACCGAACCUGAGCACCAAGUGACGACCAUCACACUGGCUGAUAAUAUUAAUAGCGUUCAUCUGUAGCGUGCACAUCAUAGAUGCAAAAAUGCACUGCCUACCCUAAGGACUCAAUACAAACCUAUGUUGGACAAGGAAUUCUCCAUUUUUUACUUAAGUGCAUACCCUAGUUAAAAACCUCGUGCACGCCACUGGCGUUCAUUUAUAGUACUCUAAUUAACAAUAGUUUUUUUAAAUCCCAAGUUAACUUGUUCAUUUUUAAAAAAAAUUUUCUCUAAUUUUGACUAUGAGGACAUAAAACUUACUUUUCAUUUAACUGAAUCUCCAAUAUAUAUAACAGUUUUAAUGUGUUUAGAAUAGUGUCAGUAGAAAAAUUAUUAUCAAGUAUUAUAGUAGUAAAUAGUAAUAUUGACAACACGUUAAAACUAAUUGCAUAUCAAUUAAAUUUUAGUAAGAAAAAUCAGCCAAAUAAGUUAUUGUGAUCCUACUAUAUCGCUGUGUAAUUCGGUGCUAGGGUUAUGUUUUAUUGAAACAAUUUACAGAUGGCGCUGGGAGCUUUCGAAUAGUUUUAAAAAUCAUCUAAUAUAGUGUCUUUUCCUAACCGUACUAUACGCAUCCUCUGUGAUAACUGUUGAACAUACAGACAAUAUUUUAACAUUUGUCUUAUAAACGUUAUCAUAAUAUCCAAUCCCCGAAAAGCGGGACUGAGCCUGUCCCGCGCAGAACAUUUAAUAUUGAUUUAAAAAUCGGGACAUCUGGCAACGCUGGAAGUGACGAUUUCAUACGACUACGAUUGUAUUCAUCUGUGUUGCAUCUAUAUCAUAGAUACUAUAUCAAUAAUACAUGUAUGAAUGUUUCGGAUAGGUUAUUAUGAUAAUUGUAUUGAUAUUAUUUUAUAUGUAUGCAUUUUGUAGAGUAUGCGAAUCUCAGUGAAGCAUACUGUAGUACUGUAUGUGACGAAGCGAAGCAGCGUAUUGUUCAUAUGAAAGCCUUGUGUCAAACAUAAUUAUUGUGAACUAUAUCAGUAUUGGAUGGAUAUGCAUAAUGAUUGUUUAUAUUGUAACGUGAGGCUGUAAUUAGAUGCUGUAAUUAAAU